AUGGAUACGGGAUCCAACUCAAACAUGCUAUCAACACGAUGCAAAGCUAAGUUCACCCCAGAGGAUGAUAAAAAGUUAUUAUAUUAUGUUGACAAGUUAGGAACGAAUAAAUGGUUCGAAGUUUCCAUUUGUAUGGGCAAUAAAACAACAAGACAAUGCAGAGAAAGAUACAAAACAUAUCUUGCACCUAAUAUAUCUCAUGAAACAUGGACGCCUGAAGACGAUCAUUUGCUAAUGAAUAAAUAUAAUGAGUUUGGAUCUAAAUGGAGUGCAAUUUCGAAGUUUUUUACUAACAGAACAGGCAUUGCUGUUAAAAAUAGAUGCCAUGUUCUUUUACGUAAGAUCAAAAAAGAAAUAAAGAAAGCAACAAUGAUUUCAAAGGAUAAUAUUUAUGUUCAUCAGGAAGAUACAAACAAACAAUUAGUACCAGAGGAAUUUACUAUUGUUUCUUCACCUGAAUCAUCUGACCAUUCUUUUGAUGACUUUUCCUUUGAUUAUGAAGAUACAUUCAGCUCAAACUUCCCAUUAGAGUUUUAA